CUUCACUCUCUUUCCACUCUCUCCAUCUUGCACCCUCUCUCGUCAUCUCUCUCUCUCUCUCUCUCUCCAUCUCCCCUCUUUUUUUCUUGUGCGCAGAAGUAAUCCUUUUUUUGCAUCCAAUUCUCAUAGUUUCACUUUCUGCUCAUCAUUUGUAUUUUAUCUUAUGUUAUGUCUCCCAAUCCUCUUACUGUCUCCAUUUUUCUAUCUCUCAUUCUCCCCUUCUCCCUCGCUCUCUCACUCUCCCAUCUUAGAGACAGUAGUGUGCAUGCAGCCUCAAUUCUAAGCCGCUGCCUGUCAGGCUGCUCCGUUUAUGCGCUCUGCGCUUCUCUCCUCUCCUCUCCUCUCUCCCCUAUGCGCUAUACUGCACCGUACUGCACUGCACUGCUCGUCUCUCCUCACUUCUCCAUCUCUCCUGCUUGUUUUCCUCUCUUCUCUCUCUUUCUCCACUUGCAUCUCUCUCAGUCUGCAGUCUCUUGAUUUUCUCUUUGAUUUCUACACUCUGAUCCAUUGUUUGGGAAAAUCCUGUACACUCUGGGUAUUUUCGCAACAGAGCUGAGUGUACCCUGGCUGCUGGUGAAGGAGGAUUUAAUGCUCCUGAUGCUUCAGGUUUGGCUUUACUUUGGAUCUGUGUGAGCUGAGAAGAGAAGGGAUCCAGGAAGAAGGAGAGAGUGGGCAGGAAGUUGCCCAGGUGAGAGCUUCUUCUGCCGGGGAAGUUAAAGCUUCAAGGCGCUGGCGUUGGCAGCAGCGGUAGUGAUUGAUGGUUUUCCGUGGAGGGUCAUGCCCUGGGACUUGUGUGAUUUUUGGCUUUUGGAGUUGGAGACCCUUUCCCAUUCUUGCCCCCCUAGUGGGGCAGCAUUGAUCCUGGUGCCGGUAAAAGCCGCCAGGCACCAGUGGCUGCACCGCGAAGAGUGGGCACCAUGAACCAGCUGGAUGCACCACGGCCACUCAACUGGACCAUCAGAAAACUGUGCCAUGCAGCCUUCUUGCCAUCUGUACGCCUGCUAAAGGCACAGAAAUCGUGGAUAGAAAGAGCGUUCAGCAAGAGAGAAUGUGUUCAUAUCAUAGUGAGCGCCAAAGACCCCCAUAGGUGCUGUUGUGGUCGUCUGAUAGGUCAGCAUGUGGGCCUGCCCCCGGGCAUCUCAACCAGUCAGAAUGACAAGGCGGAUCGUUUGGCCAAGAAUGACAGCCUGUCGGAGAAGUGGUCGAUCAGCAAACACACACAGCUCAGCCCGACGGACGCCUUCGGUACCAUCGAGUUCCAGGGAGGAGGACACUCCAACAAAGCCAUGUACGUGCGUGUGUCAUACGACACCAAGCCUGACCUGCUGCUGCACCUGAUGACCAAGGAGUGGCAGCUGGAUCUGCCCAAGCUGCUCAUCUCAGUCCACGGAGGCCUGCAGAACUUUGAACUGCAGCCCAAACUCAAACAGGUCUUUGGCAAAGGGCUCAUUAAGGCUGCAAUGACAACAGGAGCCUGGAUCUUCACCGGAGGGGUCAACACAGGGGUGAUUCGCCAUGUGGGUGAUGCGCUAAAGGACCACGCUUCCAAGUCAAGGGGGAAGAUCUGCACCAUUGGCAUCGCUCCAUGGGGCAUCGUAGAAAAUCAAGAGGAUCUUGUUGGCAAAGAUGUGGUGCGUCCAUACCAAACCAUGUCCAACCCUAUGAGCAAGCUGACAGUUCUGAACAGUCUCCACUCCCACUUCAUCCUGGCAGAUAAUGGCACCACUGGAAAGUAUGGCGCUGAGGUCAAACUGCGACGCCAGCUAGAGAAACACAUCUCCCUGCAGAAGAUCAACACACGUAUCGGACAGGGAGUGCCGGUGGUGGCUCUGAUCGUUGAGGGAGGCCCUAAUGUGAUCUCCAUAGUGCUGGAAUACCUCAGGGACACGCCCCCGGUCCCUGUGGUGGUGUGUGACGGCAGCGGCAGGGCCUCAGACAUCUUGGCCUUUGGACACAAAUACUCUGAGGAGGGAGGCAUUAUUAAUGAGUCUCUAAGAGACCAGUUGCUGGUGACCAUACAGAAGACUUUCACCUACAGCCGCACACAGGCCCAACAUCUGUUCAUCAUCCUUAUGGAGUGCAUGAAGAAGAAGGAGCUGAUAACUGUUUUCCGGAUGGGGUCGGAGGGUCAUCAGGACAUUGACCUUGCCAUCCUCACUGCUUUACUUAAAGGUGCCAAUGCUUCUGCUCCUGACCAGCUGAGUUUGGCUCUGGCUUGGAACAGAGUGGACAUCGCCCGAAGUCAGAUCUUCAUAUACGGACAGCAGUGGCCUGUCGGUUCCCUGGAGCAGGCGAUGCUGGAUGCCUUAGUUCUGGACAGAGUCGACUUUGUUAAGCUGCUGAUUGAAAAUGGAGUCAGUAUGCACCGUUUUCUCACACUUUCCAGACUGGAGGAGCUCUACAACACGAGACAUGGACCAUCCAACACGUUGUACCACCUCGUCAGAGAUGUCAAAAAGGGAAACCUGCCACCGGACUACCGCAUCAGCCUCAUCGACAUCGGACUGGUCAUUGAAUACCUCAUGGGUGGAGCUUAUCGGUGUAACUACACCAGGAAGAGAUUCAGAACUCUAUACCACAACCUUUUUGGACCAAAGAGGCCCAAAGCCCUGAAACUGCUGGGGAUGGAGGACGACAUGCCAAUCCGCAGAGGACGCCAGAAGACAACUCGUAAACGCGAGGAGGAGGUGGACAUUGAUUUGGAUGACCCUGAAAUUAAUCACUUUCCUUUCCCCUUCCAUGAGCUCAUGGUGUGGGCCGUGCUCAUGAAACGUCAGAAAAUGGCACUGUUCUUUUGGCAACAUGGCGAGGAGGCCAUGGCCAAGGCGCUGGUGGCAUGUAAGCUUUGUAAGGCCAUGGCGCACGAAGCUUCGGAGAACGACAUGGUGGACGACAUCUCCCAGGAGCUCAACCACAAUUCCAGAGAGUUUGGCCAGUUGGCAGUGGAACUCUUAGACCAGUCCUAUAAACAGGACGAGCAGAUGGCUAUGAAGCUCCUGACGUACGAGCUGAAAAACUGGAGCAACGCCACCUGUCUGCAGCUGGCGGUAGCAGCCAAACACCGAGAUUUCAUCGCUCACACCUGCAGUCAGAUGCUGCUGACCGACAUGUGGAUGGGACGCCUGCGCAUGCGCAAGAACUCAGGCCUGAAGGUAAUCUUGGGGUUGCUUCUGCCACCAUCCAUCCUGAGUCUGGAGUUCAAGAACAAGGAUGAGAUGUCCUACAUGCCGCAAGAUCAAGAGGCAUACCUGCAGGAGAAGGAGGAGGAGGAGCCUGAGAAGCCAGCCAAGGAGAAGGAGGAGGAAGACAUGGAGUUCACAGCAAUGCUGGGUAAGGUAACCACAGAAACAUCAAGAAAGAAGGACGUCGAGGAGGUACAGAAACGCCACCGCCUCAUACCCAUGGGACGCAAGAUAUACGAGUUCUACAACGCUCCAAUUGUGAAGUUCUGGUUCCAUACGAUGGCAUACGUGGGUUAUCUGAUGUUAUUCAACUACAUUGUCCUGGUAAAGAUGGACCUGCAGCCCUCUCCUCAGGAGUGGAUCGUCAUCGCUUACAUUUUCACCAACGGCAUUGAGAAGAUGAGAGAGAUCCUGAUGUCGGAGCCGGGGAAGUUGUUACAGAAGGUGAAGGUGUGGCUUCAGGAGUACUGGAACAUCACAGACCUCAUGGCCAUCCUCAUAUUCUCCGUCGGCAUGGUUCUGCGUCUACAGGAGCCGCCGCUCAUGAGCUACGGGCGGGUCAUCUACUGUGUUAACAUCAUCUAUUGGUACAUUCGGCUGCUGGACAUCUUUGGGGUCAACAAGUACCUGGGUCCUUAUGUGAUGAUGAUUGGCAAGAUGAUGAUCGACAUGAUGUAUUUUGUGAUCAUCAUGUUGGUGGUGCUGAUGAGUUUUGGGGUGGCACGUCAGGCCAUCCUUCACCCGAAUGAAGACCCUUCCUGGAUGCUGGCGAGGAAUAUCUUCUUCAUGCCUUACUGGAUGAUCUACGGAGAGGUGUUUGCCGACCAGAUUGACCCCCCCUGUGGGCAGAACAUCACUGCAGAGGACGGGGUGGUAGUGACGCUGCCUCCCUGUAAGACGGGUGCCUGGAUUGUCCCAGCCAUCAUGGCCUGCUAUCUGCUCGUCGCUAACAUCCUGCUCGUCAACCUCCUCAUAGCUGUGUUCAAUAACACGUUCUUCGAGGUGAAGUCCAUCUCCAACCAGGUCUGGAAGUUCCAGCGCUACCAGCUCAUUAUGACCUUCCAUGAGCGCCCAGUCCUUCCUCCUCCCCUCAUCAUCUUCAGUCACAUAACCAUGGUCCUCAAACAUCUGUGCUGUCGCUGGCGCAAGCAUGACGACGACGAGCGGGACUAUGGGCUGAAACUUUUUAUCACUGAGGAUGAGCUGAAGAAAGUCCAUGACUUUGAGGAGCAAUGCAUAGAGGAGUACUUCAGAGAAAAAGAUGACAGGUUCCACUCCUCCAACGAUGAGAGGAUCAGAGUCACUUCUGAAAGGGUGGAGAAUAUGGCAAUGCGUCUGGAAGAAGUCAAUGAAAGGGAACACUUCAUGAAGGCAUCACUGCAGACUGUUGAUAUUCGUCUUGCCCAAAUGGAGGAGCUGAUCGGCAGAAUUGCUGUGGCACUGGAGCGUGUAACCGGUGUUGAGCGAGGAGAGGUCAACAAGGCACGUUCCAGGACUUCAUCUGACUGCACAGACUCAGCAUACAUACUCCGCCAGAGUGAGUGUGCAGAAGCAGCGUACAUCCUUCGUCAGAGCAGCUUUAACAGCACAGAAGGGAACGCAUACCGUCUGCAAGAGGCGCUGGAGGGAACAGCUGAGGGCUCCAUGUCACCUCCUUCUCCCACCACCUUGGCCACACGUACAAGAAGCCACUCCUUUUAUGUUGGAGGUGGUCGUGGGGUUGAACGUGCAAGUCGAGCCGAAAGAGCUGAGAGCUUCUUCAAGGAGCGAUCACUCAGUCUCCACCGAGCCAACAGCUCUCAAUCAGUGUCCUCAGCUGCCGCCACCAAGGAGUCUAAGCCCCUCCCUCUUGCGACGCUGUCAGUCUCCCAGCAGCACCGUCCAUCAUCAUGCAUAGAUAUCUAUGUCUCCGCAUCUGAGGAGGUGGGGCCGGCGGAGGUCUUUCUGAAUCCUCUCCGUGUGGUCCCACAGCUCCAGAGAGACUCUUCACUGCAGUCAGAUAUCAUGGAGACGGUGCUGCCGGGAGGCCGGGACUUCAGCAGCGCCGCCACCAGCGGUAUGGGCGACAGACACUCGGACGGCGGCGCAGGAAGCAGCGGAACAGCUGGAGCCAUGUUUGAAGACAGCGCUGCUGCAGAUUUGUCAUUGUGCUCCGCCCACCUCUUACCAGACACCACUUUACCUCCUUGGGACAUGGAACCAUCCCCACCUCCCUCCGCAGGGCUGCUUGAGCGCUCCAAAAGCAGCCGCUACCUCUCCACUGCAGGCACUGGGUUCCUGGAUGAGCCCCCUCUGGUCAAGUCCCACAGCCUCAUGUUUACACCACGAGGCUGCUACAGUGGUCUGGGGGCUGGAGUCCAGGUGAAAGCUGCAGAGUACACCAGCAUCACAGACUGCAUUGACACACGCUGCGUCUCAGCUCCGUACACCCCUGUAGAACGCUCUCACUCCCCCGGAGGGUCCACCUCAUUCCCCUUUGAUAAACCCCCUGAAAUUAGCUCUUCUCAUCCAGAGAGAGAGGCGGAGCUUAGUCAUACUGAGUCUGAUCCAGAGGACCCUGAGGAUUUGAUCCCGGCCCCUGAUACCCCUCGUUUAGGGGGUUUCAGCGGGCCAAGUGGGGCCCCUCUCUGCUCCCCCUUCUCCAGGCUAGAGCGAGCAAACAGCUGCUCCUCAGAUGACUCCCAUCCUUCCCUCACACUGGCUCCUCCGCACCGGAAGAGCCUGUCGGUGAGUGAGAGGAUGGAGAGGGGACCAGGUCUGGGAGCAGACAGGGGGCCUGGGCCGGGGGGCCGGGGUCUGGCAGGAACCAGAAACCCUUUCCUAAGAAGCAAGUCUGGAGCACGGCCUGAAACAGCAAAGACUGACAGCCUCUCCAUGAGGAAGUUGGCAACUCCGUCAGCUUUUUGCAGCUUUGAUAGGCAAAACUACACGUGACAAGAACAGAGGUCAGCACACACACACACUGACAGGACCAGAAAGGAAAGCUGAGAGGGUCAAAGGUCGAAGUUAAAGCAGGGUGUAGUUGCUCAUAGAUCUGAUCUGGACCCGAUCUACUGUUUCUCACUUCUGUUUUAGGUUAGAAAAUCUACAAGUUUUUUCAAAGUCAGUGCUCGGGGGCAACUUCACUGUGGAUCAGGAGGAGGGGGAAGAGGAUUAGAGAUGAAGGGGUCCUACUGUACACCAGUCAAAAACAAAGAGCUAUGAAUCUAGAAUAGUUUUUACCUCCUCUUGUAGCUUAAUAACUCUCAAUGGGGUGUUAUGGCAGUGGAAGGUGUGUUUGUACUGUAUGUCUUCCAUGCACCACCUUUACGUCAAGUAGACAUCUGUCUCUGUGUUCCAUCACAUAUCAGUCACAAUAGUCAGUGAAAGUAAGCUGUUACCUCUAGCUGCAUUUUUUAGUAGAAACGUUCAAGUCUGAGAGACAAAAAGGUAGAAAAAAAGACAAAACUGCCCACUCAUUUUUUUUAUUUCUCGCAGCAAAGAGUCAUUACUAUCGCGUUUAAUACAUUGUCCUCUCUUCCUAUAGACUUAGCUCCACCCUGUCAGAAAGUGCGAACAGAAAUAUUUCUGGUUACUUCAUUAAUAAUCACUGAAGGCUUUGGAACCAUCAAGAACUAUUAACCCCUCUCGGCUGCACAGGAAAUGAUUGCAGUAACAAGGCAACAACUUACCUCUGGACACACAAAUACACCUUUGAAAAAUCAAAAUGUAUCUUUUUUUUUUUACAGCAUAUUAGAGUAACCUUUUAUUGUCUUAUUUAUAGACAUAUACUGUAACUGUUUUCCUUUUUACUUGUCAGUUUAUCUAGAAAAAGAAAGAAGUGUCUGAACACCAGUCAUAAGGCCAGUACUCAGUAACAUGUCUCUCCAGUCAUAGCUUUUUAAUGGAACAGUCAACACUGGGAUUAAUUAGCCACAUGUACAAAGAGAAAAAUCCAAACAUUAUCAAGGAAAAGUCAUGAAGAAAAUGUGACAUGAAUGCAGUCUUUGACGAUUUCUCUUUGGGGCAGUGAAUCUAUAACAAGCAACAGUGCAUGUUAAAAUGCUCAUGCAUAGUCACGUAACCAUGCAUGAGAAUUUGCACGCAUGCAAGGGCACUAAAAUCUAACUGAGAAAAUGAACCUCAUUUCAGGCCUGAUCAAUUAGUGUGUAACAAGUGCAAACAUUUGGGACAAGAUGGCGCUGUUGGUAUACUUAAGAAGAAAUACUUUUUGAGUGUACCUGACUUGAACCUUCUUUGCCUGCCCCAACACCUGAACUUACACUCAACAAACUCUUGCUAAUUUAUUCGGAAGCGCAUUGCAUUCACCAAAUAAUUUUUUUUUUUUACACAUUAUCUCUUAUCUCGUAAUUAGGAGAUAAGAUCUCCUAAUUAUGAGGUCUUUUCUCAUAAUGUGUCUAAUUUUUUUUUUCUUUGGUGAAUGCAAUGCACUUCUGUAAAUUUAAACACCAGCCACCCUUACACAGGGUUGGACAACAACAUAAUUUCAAAGUGGUUAAACAUCCACCACCACCUAAUGGAUCCGUCCUUCAUCUAUUUCAUAACUGUCAAUCCUUUGCUUUUCUACUGUAUUUCUUUAACUGCUCAGAAAGAAAGCAAGUGCAAAAAUAGACUUAAAAGGAAGUUUAUUGCCCGAUUUCCAAGCCUAUUAAAAAUCUAAUUUAGUGCAGAGAGGGUCUUUCUCCUUAAGAAGGUUAAUAAAAGUAUGUAUAUGCAUUCUAGAUGACACAUUAGAUUAUCAUGCAUUUUAUGUGACAUGAGUUGGGAAACAUGGGGUUAUUAUGGGAAAAAGAUGAAAGCCAGAUCAGUGUUUGAAACAUUAUUUUUUACUCUAAUGAAAAACAUCUUGGGGGGAAGAUGCUCUUCUCUAUCCUUGUAAAGAUAAGAGAGUAACACUGGAAUACCUACUGAUUUUUUUUUAUGUUUGUAUAUCUUUUCAUUAUCACGAUUCUCUUGAAUCAUGUUGCAUUUAUUUUGAGGUUGAUUCUGUUUAUUGACAUUUUCCUGCUCAUCACUGACAAAUACAGUAAAUGCCUGUUUGAAUUAUGAAAUCAAUAUUUAUAUCUUCUCAGUGAUAUUUUUGUCAAAUUUUAAGUAUUUUCUAAUUAAGCUUUUAAAUUUAAUAAAAGAUGACCAUCAACAUGCACUAAAUGCUGAUGUAUAUUAUUUAUUGAAUAUAGAACUGUCUGAUAUGCUGUACAUUUCAAUCAUAUUUAAAGUAGUUUUUUAUCGUAUGUUUUAUCAAUCAGAUUUUAGGAAUUUUCUAAUAUAAAGCUGACUUGGCAGCACAGCACAAUGUUGCCAGUGAACCACACUUAGGGUGCCUUUUGGGGCAUGGAUGGAGUAUGUGGGGACUGAAGUGAAUCAGAAAUCUGUCGAAAUGUUUAUGUUUGUUUUUAAUCAUAGAGUCCCGUCCCCCCGCCCCCCCCCAAAUUUCUGUGAUUAUUUUUUAAUAGACAGCAUUUACAUCCACUCAUAGACCUUUGUUAUUAUCACUAUUGUACAGAGUGGGGGAAAUGUUGUUAUAUAAAGGCUGUAUCAUUGCUUAUGGAAAUGUAAUUGUAUCUACCAAAAAAAAAUCGAAUUCAGAAUAAUUGUUUCAUAUUUGAAUAGAAGAAAAAUCUAUUUGCACAUAAAACUAAGAAAUAAUGAAAAGAAAAUAACUCUGUGACCAAUCUGUUUGACGUCCCCAAUUUGUCAUUAUCUUGACUCCAACCUUAGACCUUAAAGAAGUACUUAAGCAAUGUAGUAUUGAUUCUCCACAAAGUUGGGAGACUUUCUAGUGAUAUAUUUUGGAAAUAAAAGUUUGAAAGUGAAGGAACAAAUGGUUAGCUAUAAUGACUUUUUGCCCCAAGAAUGGGCUAAGCCUAAAAAAACACAGGAUCCUGAAAUUCAACCCAACAGAAAACUUUGUUACACCUCUGUUUGUUGACGAAUCAUCACCCCUGUUAUGUAACUGAAAAGUACUCCCAACACCAGUAAAAUGACAUGUAGGCCUAUUUGUAAAAUGUGUGGAUUUUCCAUUCCACUAACACAUGACAUUACUCUCAUGAAUUGCAUUGUGGACUCAUGCUCAGUAGUGAAUCGUUAGGUCAGGCAGAUUGGGAGUUACACUCUUGCAUUUAAUAGGAUGUUCUUACCAGUUCAAAUUCUUUGAUAAAUAAACAGACUUAAGUGUUUCAAAGAGGAAGUUUGACCCGAAGUCAAUGCUCAGGGACUGAAGUGAUGCAAGAAAACAUGACCGUCUUGGAAUCAUGGAAAAAAAGAGAGAUUUGAAUUUGUCUUCAGCUGCAGGCUACAUAAUAAUCACUGUGCUUUAUGAGUCUAACUAGGGAUCUCUGGGGACUGUAGGGAAAUCUAUACAUUUGUGUCUUAUGUCUUAUGAAAUGGCAAUAGAAAAAUGAAAGAUUGUCUUGGUACCUGACCAACAGACUUUGUUCACAGACAGGUUUUAAUGUUCCUUACUAUCUAAACUUCAUGACUUGCAUAUUAUUAGAGAGGGCUUUGGUCACACACAGCUGACUCUCAGGCUCAGAACCAAACCAAAGUUAAACAAACCAAAUGGAAAUGAGCCGUGUCGUGCUCUGCUGACCUGUUGUCUACACAGCUGUGGCACAAAGGGUUAACCAAGCAAGGGUCAUACAGUUUAACUGAGUUUUAAAUGGAUAUGAAAAGAGACUAGUGCGUCGGACUGAAAGUUGAGGACGUUUUAUUUGACCAGUAAGAGAUAUUAGACAACAAUGUCAAUGUUAAUUCUAAACUUAACAAACCCGUGACUGGGUUUUUAAUAUGCUGACAUGGCAGUUGUUGAAGAUACUGACCGGAAGAGAGUGUGCGUGCGAACCUGCGUGGAUGUGUGUUCAUAAACUGUGUGAUCCCAGACAUGUAGGUGACACCAACAAUAGGGAGUCAUGCCAACCCAAAAGAACCCAACAGAACGUCAAUGAACAGUAUUUUUAAAACUUCUUCCAAAGUUGUAUCUUUACUUUUCUGAAAUUAGGAUCAUAUGAAUAAAAUCAACAGGUCUGCUUCUCUCCUCUGACAACCUGUGUCUCGUAAAAGGUGAAAGAGCGCUCCAUGCACAUGUUUUGUCCUGCAAUAACUGCUGAUUUUGCGCUUCUACAACUGAAAGGGAAAUAUCCCUCUACUGGUCACACGUUAUUUAAUGUCCUCAAAUGCAUGCAGUUCUUCCCCUCAGAGUGUACAGAGGCAACCUGUUAUGACAACUGAGAGAGAGAGCUAGAGAGAGAUUAUUAUAUGAAUUUAAAUUAGUGAGUAUUUGGAUGCAAAAACAAAUCUGUAUUCUUCAAUGUGAAUAGGAUCAUGUCUGGCAUGCAUUGUUAAAUAAAAAUUUUAAUAGGUUGGUA